UGCUCACUCCCACACUCAAAACCUCCCUCUGAAUUUAGGUAACAGAAUUGCAGCCGCAUGGUGCUCUGGGUAUUGAGGUCUGUGCAACACACGUGGGUCACAUCACACCGGAAGUUCCGACUUCAUUGCUAUCAAUAACUACUCCAAACUGUAGCGGUCCCAAUAUGGCUGGAAUCGAGUUGCUGUCGGACCAGGGAUAUCGGCUGGAUGGUAGGAAAGCCACCGAGCUUCGCAAAGUUCAAGCACGAAUGGGCGUUUUCGGUCAGGCUGAUGGCUCUGCCUAUUUAGAGCAAGGAAACACCAAGGUACUGGCUGUCGUGUAUGGUCCUCACGAGGUGCGAGGUGCGAGGAGCAAGAUCCUGUAUGACCGGGCAGUCAUUAACUGCCAGUACAGUAUGGCCACCUUCAGCACGGCGGAAAGAAAGAGGCGGCCACACGGAGAUCGCAAAUCCAGUGAGAUGAGCCUUCAUCUGAAACAGACUUUUGAGGCUGCAGUGCUCACACAGCUGUACCCCCGGUCCCAAAUUGACAUCUAUGUCAAGAUCUUACAGGCAGACGGUGGGAACUACAGUGCCUGUGUGAAUGCUGCAACUCUAGCAGUUAUCGAUGCGGGCAUCCCCAUGCGUGACUAUGUGUGCGCCUGCACAGCGGGUUUUGUGGAUGACACGCCACUGGCUGACUUGUGCCACGCGGAAGAGAGUGGUGGGGGCACCUCACUAGCCGUGGCUUUGCUGCCCCGCGGUGGGCAGAUUGCCCUGCUGCAGAUGGACGCUAGGCUCCACCAGGACCACCUAGACACACUGAUGGAGGCAGCCAUGACUGCUUGCAAAGGGGUCAGUAAAGUGCUGGAUGAGGUUGUGCGGCAGCACCUGCAGGAGAUGUCCAUCCUGACAGGAGAGUGAGGAAGACUGUGAGAGGGAAUGGAAAUUGGACUCGACUGCUCCAAUGAAUGAGUGGAAGAAUUCUAUGUGGGCUGGUUUUUGCAUUCUAGAAAACUCUGUUCUGUCAUGUCCUUUGCAACUGAGCUGUACUUUAUAUAAACUGAGAAAAUAAAUCUUUGUUUGUUUCUUAAUA